CGGGUUUCAAUCCGCACUAACUGGAUUGAAACCCUCAUGGGCCCAAUAUAGUAACGCAACGCAAUGGUAAAAGUUAUCUAGCAUAAUCCAACUAAACAUUUCACCCUCAUUAACCUUUCUGGCGUGCUGUCAAGCCUGUAAAGCAUGUUUGUUGUCCUCCCCAGGCCAGAGAGGACUACAUUUCGCUGCUGGAGUCAGACCGGGGCCAGCAGCCGGCGAUGCUGGAGGCCCAGUACGGGGCCCCGGGUCCCGUCGCGGCCCUGCAGGCCCUGCAGCGGGACCGCCUGCUGGCCCACGCCCCCGCCCCCGAGGAGGACGUCUACCAGCGGCCCAUGGAAGAGCUGGACCGUCUGGAGCAGCGCCAGCGGGACUCGUACCGCCGCAUGCUGGAGCAGCUGCUGCUGGCGGAGAAGUUCCACCGCCGCACCGUGGGCGACCUGGACCGCGAGAAACAGAAGCACAGCGAGUUCAUGACCAAGAGCGACGACUUCACCAACCUGCUGGAGCAGGAGAGGGAGAGGCUGAAGCGGCUCCUGGAGCAGGAGAAGGCCUACCAGGCCCGGAAGGAGCAGGACCACGCCCAGCGGCUGGAGAAGCUGCGGGCGGAGCUGGUCCGGCUCAAGUCCUUCGCCCUGAUGCUGGUGGACGAGCGGCAGCUGCACAUGGAGCAGAUGGACCAGCGGGGCCAGAAGGUCCGGGACCUGGCCCAGAGGCUGCAGGAGACGGAGCGGCGGCUGGCCUCCGCCGACGCCGCCGCCCUGGAGGACGGCGAGAAGGUGCUGAGGCUGGAGGCGGAGCUGGAGGUCCGAUCCGCCCGGUCCUUCGAGGAGCAGGAGGAGCUGACCGUCAAGCUGGCCGACCAGGAGGCCCAGGAACGCCAGCUGAGGCUCAAGAUGGCGGGGCUGACGCACAAGACGGAGGAGCUGGAGGAGAGCAACGCGGCGCUGAGGAGGUCGGACGAGGACCUGCAGGAGCUGAGGGAGAAGAUCAGCAAAGGGGAGUGCGGGAACGCCACGCUCAUGGCCGAGCUGGAGACCCUGAGGAAGAGGGUGCUGGAGAUGGAGGGCAAGGACGAGGAGAUCACCAAGACGGAGAGCCAGUGCCGGGAGCUGAGGAAGAGGCUCCAGGAGGAGACGGACCACAGCCAGGACCUGAGGCUGGAGGUGGAGCGGCUGCAGAAGAGGAUGGCCCAGCUGGAGAAGCUGGAGGCAGCCUUCGCCAAGAGCAAGGCGGAGUGUUCUCAGCUCCUCGUCAACCUGGAGAGGGAGAAGGGCGUGAUGAAGGAUCUGGCCGGGGAGCUGGAGGGGGUGAAGAACCGAGUGAAAGAUCUGCAGUCGUGUGAAGCAAAGUUUGAAAAGGCGGAGACGCUCCUGAAGGACGACGUGAUGAAGCUGAAGUCGUUCACCGUGAUCCUGGUAGACGAGAGGAAGAACGUGGCUGAGCGGCUUCGGCAGGAGGAGGAGAGGAGUGAGGAACUGAACAAGAUGUACAAAGGGGAACAGGGCAAGGUGAUGAAGGUCACAGAGAAGUUAAUCGAGGAGAGCAAAAAACUCCUCAAGCUCAAGUCGGAGAUGGAAGUGAAAGUGACAACGCUGACGGAAGAGAAGGAGGGACUGAAGUGCAGGCUGGCCAGCGAGGACGAGAGAUGCAGGGAGCUCAGCUCCAAGGUGGAGAAGAUGAGGGUCAGGAUGGACGGACUGGAGGAAGGGGAACGAGAGUCGCAGAGGUGGCGCGCCACCAAGGAGAACGACCACCGUCAGGACGAGGACAACCGGGUGAAGGAGCUCACUCUGGAGGUGGAGCGACUGAAGAACCGCCUGAAGCAGCUGGAGGUGGUGGAGGGGGACCUGAUGAAGACGGAGGACGAGUACGAGCUCCUGGAGAAGAAGUUCAGGACGGAGCAGGACAAGGCCAACGUCCUGGCCCGGAUGCUGGAGGACAUGAGGAGCCAGAUCGCCAGGAACAAGGCCGUCGAGAAGGGGGAGGCGGAGAGCCCCGAGGCGGAGCUCCGCCUCCGCUGCCGGAGGGAGGAGGCCAGGAGCCGCGACCUCCAGACGGACGUCCGGGCCCUCAAGGAGAAGAUCCACGAGCUGAUGAACAAGGAGGACCAGCUGUCCCAGCUGCGCGUCGACUUCUCCGUCCUGCAGCGGCGGCUGGCGGAGGAGGAGCAGCGGAGGCGGAGCCUGAGCGGCGAGGUGGUCGGCCUCGCCAGGGAGCUGGAGGCCACGCGGCGCUCCACCCGCGCCCUGAAGCCCGGGAUGAACGGGCGGAGGAUGGUAGACGUGCCCGUCACCUCCACCGGCGUGCAGACGGACGCCGUGGCGCGCUACACGGCGGCGGACGAGGAGGAGGAGGAGGAGGAGGAGACGCCCGCCGGCUUCAUCAGGAACUCGGUGCUGGAGGAGAACCACCUCAUGAGCAACCUCCGCCAGCAGGGGCUGAAGCAGCCCGCCGUGCCGGAGCGCUACCCCCCCGCGGCGGCGGCCGAGCCGGGGGCCGCCAGGAGGUCCUGGAUCCCCUGGAUGAAGAAGAAGGAGGCGGGCGGGACGCCGGACAAGGCCCCGCCCCGGGUCAACGGGGGGCCGCUGUUCCACGGGGCGGAGCUCACCAUGUCCCAGAAGGCGGGCCAGCCGCUGCACAUCCGCGUGACGCCGGACCCCCGGAACAGCACGGCCACCCUGGAGAUCAGCGGGCCGCGGGCCGAGGACUUCUACUCCACCACCACCGUCAUCCCCACGCCGGGCCUGCAGAGACCCCGCAUCACCAUCGUGCCGCGGCCCCCCUCCGGCCCCCCGGGGCCCAGGGCCGCCGGGGACCUGAGCUGCAAGUCCCCGGUCACCAUAACGACCGUCUCCAGGGCCUCGUCCCCGGACCGGAGCCCCGGCGCCCGCUCCCCGGUCUCUGUCCUCUCCGUCAGCGCCUCCCCGGUGCUGGAGGAGGCGUCCGGACCCCCGGAGCUCCGGGACGGGACCCCCGGCCGCAGCGUCUUCAGGCUGACCCCGGAGAAGCAGCCCGCCCCGGGCAGGAAGUCCAACAUCACCACCACCGAGGACAACCGGAUCCACAUCCACCUGGGCCCCGCGGGGCCGCGCCCGGGGGAGGGCCCCGGGGGGGCGGGGCUGAGCGUCCGGACACUGGGCGUGGCCGAGGGGAGGGAGACCUCCACGGGGACGGUCCUCCGGUCCCCUCGCCAGGCCGGCGCCACGGCGACGGGGAAGAUGACGAGCAGCAUCACCAUCACGCCCAUCACCUCGGCAACCUGCCGGCCCACGCAGCCGCCGGCCGGCGCCGCGUCCCGGAUCCCGAUGUCCAGGGGCCUGAAGACCUCCGCCAAGGCGGGCGCGGCCGUCGCCACGGUAACCAGGAUGGAGUCGCGCUCCGAGGGUCAGCUGAUGAAGAUCGAGCUGAGGAGGUCGGCCGGGUGUGGCCCCGCCUCCUCGUCGGGCGGGAAGAGCUGAGCGUCUCCGUGGCGACAGCGUCUGGUCACGCUAAUGACAAGAUGGCCGCCGGACCCCUCGGGCUUGUGGGCGGGGCUUAGAGCCAACUGCAUUUAGUGGAAUAAAAACCAGGUUAUUUUAUGGAUAUUAUUGUUGAAUGAUACAUUUUUAUCAAGGUUAUUUUAUUUAGCAGGCGAAGAUAUCGACUCAUUUGCAUGGUUUAAGAGGACUCAAAGCACUGGUUAUUCUGAACUACACGUGCCUUGACUGUAAUGCCUUCUCGUUGGGGACGGCCAGCUAGAGUAUAUUUUAAUAUAACUCACAUUUAUACCAUGUGUUUAUUUAUCUGCUGCUUCCGGAGGAUUCUAAUCACUGAAUGAUCGUGUAUGGAGAGACUGUGAUGUACACUCUCUCAUGUUUCUGUCCAUAAUAAACAAUAUUUAUCUCUACAGUAA